AUGGUCGACGUCCAAAGAGCCACCCAGCCAGAUAUUCAAUAUCAUCCCGAUUAUGACAAGUACAAAGCCCGCGGCCAGCGACGCAAGGCUACAGAGAGCCUCCCCCAGACUCUUCCCCCCGGUUUCCCGGAGAAACUGUCCUCUCCACUGGUCUGGGAGGGAAAAGAUAUUGAGCAGCGCGAUGACUGGAUCUACAAGCUGGAUGAUGCGCAGAGAGAGGAAAUUGAUGCAGCGUUGAAAAGCUUCAAGGCACGAGGCCUCAGUCUCGGCCACGUCAAUCAGGAGACCUUCCCCCUCCCCACAUUGCAUUCCACUCUGCGAGAACUGUCCGGAGAGCUCCACAAUGGCCGAGGGUUUUUCGUUCUUCGUGGCCUAGACGUCGACAAAUACACUCGUGAAGAGAACAUCAUCAUCUAUACCGGUGUAUCCUCCCACGUUGGUAGUUUGCGAGGCAGGCAACAGGACCAGAGGCUUGCCGAUGGCACCUCCAUAAUCCUUGCGCAUAUCAAGGACUUGACACACACCCCUGAUGGAAAGUACAUCGGUGGUCCCGGCAGCACAGCGGACAAGCAGGUGUUUCAUACUGACGCCGGAGACAUCAUCUCCCUCCUCUGCCUCUCCCCGGCUGCAGAAGGCGGCGAGAGCCAAAUCUCCAGCAGCUGGCUGGUCUACAACAUCCUCGCCAAGGAACGUCCGGAUCUGAUCUGGACCUUGUCCCAGAACUGGACGGUCGAUGGUUUCAAUAAUCCCGAACGCCCGUAUACUUCCCGCCCACUUCUGUAUCACCAGAAAGCCACCGAGUCAACCCCAGAGCGAGUUCUGAUCCAAUAUGCCCGCCGUUACUUUACGGGUUUCCUGGCCCAGCCACGCUCGGCGAACAUCCCUCCCAUCACCGAGGCCCAGGCGGAAGCGCUUGAUGCGCUGCACUUCCUGGCGGAAGAGCAUAGCGCCGCGCUGGAUUUCCAGAAAGGUGAUGUGCAGUACGUCAAUAACCUGAGUAUUUUCCAUGCGCGGAAGGGAUUCCGUGAUGCACCCGGGAAGGAGCGUCACUUGUUGCGACUCUGGCUUCGGGAUCCAGAAAAUGCUUGGGAGACACCGGAGCCGUUGAAGGAACGCUGGAACAUCGUGUACGGGGAUGUGACGCCGGAAGAGCAGGUCUUUCCUCUGGAGCCCAAAGUGUCUAAGAAGAACAUCAGUGCUUAG